UGUCGUACGUAUAAAAUGGACGUGCCCCCCGUCUCAUCUGCAACGGCGCGAGAGAUCGGGAGGGAGCUGGUGGAGCUGGAGAUGGGAUCUGCGGCGGCGGAGUUCGGUUUGGACUUUAAGCUCUGCGCCAUGAGGACCGUCGGUGGCUUUCUAAAAGAGGCGGCGGCGGCGGUUCAGAGCAGCGAUGGUGGGGUCGCGAAGUUGGAGAACUCCGUGAGGAGCUUGGAGGAGGAGCGGAGAAAGAUCGAGGCCUUUAAGCGCGAGCUCCCCCUCUGCAUGCUUCUCCUCACCGACGUGAUCGAAGGGUUGAAGAAGGAGCUUGAGAGGUGCCGGGGCGAUAGAUUCGUGCAUGUCUUCCAAGAGCUAAUGCCCAUCAGGAGUAGGUGCGAAGAGGAGGGUGGGGCGAAGCUGGAAGUCGACUGCAAGGAUAAGAAGAAAUGGAUGAGCUCCGCUCAGCUGUGGAGCGAUUAUUCUAGCGACGACAACAGGAACGAUGAUGACCAGAGCGUGGCGGAUGAGAGAGAUGGAGGACCAGAUCGCCAGGAGGAGGAGGAGAACUUGUGCUUAGAAUCCAAGAGUGGCGCCGACACGUUUGUGCCAUUUAAGGGCAUGGCGGCGCUUGUGAUGAGCUCAAAGCAGGUGACUCCCACGGCGGGGCUGUCCGAUCUCUCCCUGCGUUCACCUGCCGCCGGGAGCGCCUCUUUCCCCGUUUCUGUCGUCGCUGGGAACCAUCCUGGCAGCGGCUCGGUCUCUAAGUGCGUUGGUCGAGCACCGACGUCGACGGCAGGUGCCCACCUUAGCUUGCAGCUCCAGCAACAGAGGAAGGCGAGGCGGUGCUGGUCUCCGGAGCUACACCGCCGGUUCGUAUUCGCUCUCCAGCAGCUCGGUGGCGCUCAAGUGGCAACUCCAAAGCAGAUCAGAGAACUGAUGAAGGUGGAUGGUCUCACCAACGAUGAAGUGAAGAGCCAUCUGCAGAAAUACCGAUUGCACACUCGAAAGAUGCCUAAUGCUUCACCUCCUGCUAGCCGACCGGUUGUGGUUUUGGGAGGCUUGUGGGUUCCUCCUGAGAACCACACCGCACCACCACAGAAGAGUGUUUCCCAGUCUGGCUCUCCUCAGAGCCCUCUUCAGUUGGCCGAUGCCCGCCGAGCCAUCUCUCCGACCGCUGGAGAUAGCUGUGAGGAAGAAGGUGGGAAGUCAGAGUGCCACAACUGGAGAUGAGGAGAAUUUGCUGCUGGACUCAGUAAACAAGAAAGCAGCUUGUGAGAUCGGAGAAGAAUAAUACGAAAGAGAGGCUUUUAGGGGCAUUGUGAAGAGACUGACAUAGUACUUCCCAUGUAUAGAGAUGUGGAGAGUUUUGUGGAUACAGUACUUGGCAAGAUCUGAUCGGAUUGGAGCAGAGUCAAUAGUAGCUUUUGCUGGUUAGAGAAGACUCUCGAGUGCUCCUCAUAUGAGAUUUUAAGCAGGUUUUCCUACAUUAUUAGUAUCUCAAUUUUCCUGUAAGUUUUAGUCCCCAUAAUAUCGGUCUGCUGGUUUUCGACAAGAUUGGAUCUUGAAGCAUUGCCAAAACUUUGUCUGCUGCUAUUUGGAAUCUUCAUGGAAGAUGAUGCAGGAGAAAAGGUGUAGCUGUUAAUUGCAUCUGCUGCUGAGCUAAUAGUUCCAUAUCAAUCCUUUUUUGUCUCUUCA